AUGUUUGAAGAAAUUGUCCUGAAGGUUUCGCCAAAGAUCAAGCGCACAGACAGUGUAAUGAGACAAAGUAUUCCUCCAAGAGACAGGUUCCAUCUACACCACUGGAAUGGGAAGCUCAGGCCAUCAAGAUCUAGUGGUUCAUACUAUCACAAUUACAAAGGAAACAACAGUCUCAUUCUUCUGGCCCUUGUAGAUGCCAACUACAAAUUUCUGUGGGUCAACAAAGGUGUCAAUGGCCGUGUUAACGAUGCAGGAGUGUUCAGGGACAGCAACCUAAAGAAAGCUCUGGAAAAGAAUGAAGUUGGUCUUCCAUUGCCUAAACCAUUACCCAGUGGAGGAAUACCUGUUCCUCAUGUAAUUGUGGCAGAUGAUGCUUUUGCACUGUCACCUAACUUGAUGAAGCCUUUUCCGCAAAGAGGCCUCUCAUAUCAACAGAGGGUGUACAAUUAUAGGCUUAGCAGAGCUCGUAGGUGUGUUGAGAAUGCCUUUGGUAUUUUAGCAAACAGAUUGCAGAUCCUCAUGACCACAAUAAGACUCAGUCCACAAAAAGUUGAUCUUAUUGUGAAUGCUUGCGUGCUGUUGCACAAUUUCAUCUGUGCAUGA